AUGAGCGACCCGGCCAAGCCCCCAAUUUACCCCCGGUACUGUUUCCAUCUGGCGCCAACCGUGAAUACCUGGUGCCUCUUCCGAGUAGCCGAUGUUCACGGCCUUGACCAGCACGAAGGCUUCGAAGGUGAAAACUUUUACUUCUACGGGAAUUUGCCAAUAAAAUGGGUGCGCAUUGUUGGGGUGGUUGUCGCCAUCGAUGACUAUGCAGGGCGACGCGCCUACACUAUAGACGACAGUAGUGGCGCCUGUAUUGAGUGCACAAUCCCCAUGUCGGCUUCUCAGGAAGGGAUCGAUAGUGCGGCGACGGCGACAGACGCUGCCUCGAAGGUGGAUGCAAAUCCACUCGCGGCUGCUGCCCUCUUGGCCAAUAUCAAUGUUGGAAGCGUCGUUGAUGUCAAGGGGGGGAUAUCCACCUUCCGGGAAGAGCGACAGCUCAAUAUCGAGAAGAUGGUCCCUCUACGAGGCACAGCACAGGAGGUCGCGCUCUGGGAAAAGAGGAUCAAGUUCCAGUCUGAGGUGCUGGCGAAGCCUUGGGUCCUGCGGAAUAGAGACAUCCGCAGAUGUCGCAAGGAGGCUGAACGAAGCGAAGAGGAGGCAGAGAGGAAACGCAAACGGCUCAAGGCGAUGAUAGAGCCAAAGGUGGCCAAGCAGCCGACCAGAUCAGCGGACCAAGACCAACGCAGCGAGAGUCAAGAGCCAAGCAAGGCCAAGCGUCUGGAACUGCGACAGAUUCUUGAGCACGGCGAAAGAGGCAAAUAUGAUGCGCUGGGACUAUGA